GAGAGAGGAAAGCACCCGCAAAUGAAAGCGAACCUCUUCCAUUUCUGUUCUUCCAUUUCACUCCUCCCUUCCUUCUCCUUCCCCGAGCUCAACCUCUCUCCUCUUCUUCUUCUUCUUCUUCUUCUUCCUCUUCAUCUAUAUAUUCUAAACACCUCGGCCUCGAACCGAGUUUAACUUCCCCGACAUCGGCCAGCUCUGCAUGUGCAUUGCCUCUCCGGUUUGAGAAGAUGGGUCGGAGAAUGCUGGUAUCCCGGUGGUUCUCGCCGGAGCUCCGGUGAAGUUCCGGCAACCGGAGGAUAUAUUCCGGACGAAGGGAGGGAAGGAUGUUCAAGCCCGGGAGAUGGAGAGGGGAGAAGAACAGGGUGAAAGCUGUGUUCAAGCUGCGGUUUCAUGCCACUCAGGUGUCGGAGAUCGGAGCAGAAGCGCUGGUGGUGUCAGUGGUCCCUGCUGAUGCUGGAAAGCCACCUGUGAGAUCAGACAAGGCGACCAUUCUAGACGGCCGGUGUCAAUGGGAAACUCCUAUUUAUGAGAGGGUGAUAUUCAUUAGGGAUCUUCGGACAGGAAAGAUCAACCGGAGGAUCUACCGUUUUGUUGUUUCCGCGGGCUCAGGAAGAGCUAAUUCCGUUGGGGAAGGUUCGGUGGAUUUUGCGGAUUAUGUGGAGGCAACAAAGGCUUCAUCAGUUUCUUUCCCUUUGAAGAAUUCCAACAGUAAUGCUGUUUUACAUGUAUUAAUCCAGAAGGUGGAAGAAAAUGAUGAUCAGAGUGCGGCAGAAGUAUACGAAGAUACGGACAUUAAGUUCAAGGAAAGAAACUCCACGUCUCAAUUGAGCAAUGCAGAGAAAGACGAAAGCAUAAUGAGCAAUUUCACUGAAAAUGCAAAAUCAAAUGGCUAUGGUAUAGCAUCAAGUGGGUCCGACCUUACGCUGUCUACAACCUCAGAGAGCAGCAGUUCGGGUCUAAACACUCCACGAGAAAUGGGAACAAGACCUAGUAACAUUGAACAACAAGAUCCUGCUAGCUUUCUGUCCCUAUUGAGUUAUGCUUCUGUGCCUAAGUCACCGGUCGCAGAAGCAAAUCCAAAGUCCUAUGAAGACAAUGGAAGAUCGCAAUGGGAAUGGGCCUUUGACCAAAAGCACAAAACAGAUGAUAUUGGUGAAAAUCCCAACUCUGAGGUCAAAAGGCUGAGAGCAGAGCUAUCCACUAUGGCUCGAAAAAUGGAUGUUUCUGAAAUGGAACUACAGACCAUGCGGAGACAGAUAAUGAAGGAGAAUAAAAGGGGACAGGAACUAAUGAAAGAGGUUGAGGGGUUGAGGGAGGAUAGAGAUUUGCUCAAGGAGGAAUGCCGAGUUCUCCGUGCUUUCAAGACCCGUUUCGAGGAGUCCAAGGCUAAGCAUACUCUUUCUGAGGAUGGCGGGGAUUUGCGGGCUAUUAUUGAGGAAGUUAGGCAAGAAGUGAAUUACGAGAAGGAGAUGAAUUUGAACCUUAAGCUUCAGCUUCAGAAGACGCAGGAAUCAAAUGAGGAGCUGAUUCUUGCGGUGAGAGACCUGGAUGAGAUGUUGGAGCAGAAGAAUCAGGAAAUACUCGAACUCUCAAGCAGACUGGAGCUGCCCAAGAAGGAUGAGGUUGACACAGAUGAAGAUCAGAAAGUGUUGGAAGAGCUCGUUUGGGAGCAUAAAGUGGGCAAAGAUUCAGACCCACAGGAGACAAAUCUCGUAGAAGUUUACAAGGAAUUGGAAGUAUGCAGGAGAGAGAAGGAAGAGCUUGAGAUGCAGAUGGAGCAACUGGCUUUGGACUACGAGAUUCUGAAGCAGGAGAAUCACAAGAUUAUGCACAAAUUAGAGCAGAGCGAACUUAAAGAACAGCUCAAAGCCCAUUAUGACUGCUCAUCAGGUUUUGAACUCGAAACUCGAGUAGAGGUCUUGGAAAAGGAUCUUGAGGAGAAGUCAAAGGAGUUUUCAGAUUCUGUAGCUACGAUUAAUAAACUCAAGCUCCAUGUGAGGAAUCUUGAGGAGGAACUGGAGAGCAGGGAAAAGGAGUUCGAGGCCAACUUGGAGGAGAUAGCUAGGGAGAGAAUCGAACAAGAGAAAAGGGCUAUUAGAGCGGAGACGGCCCUGAGGAAGAUGCAAUUGAGGAAUGCCAAUACUGCUGACAGGCUGCAGGAGGAAUUCAGGAGGCUCUCCAUGCAAAUGACCUCAAUGUUUGAUGAGAAUGAGAAGACAGCUAUGAGAGCGAUGAAAGAAGCGAGUGAACUAAGGAAGGAGAAGAGCGAGCUUGAAGAGUUGCUCGCAAAAACUGAUGAGGAGAUUCGAUCAGUUAGGAAGAGUUGCGAGGAGAAAGUUGCGAGGCUUUCCAGUGAAAUGGAUGCAAAAGAGGAUCAGGUUGAAUCACUGAAAAAUGAGAUUUUGAAGCUAAGAGAAGAGAAUGAUCAUCUUUCUGAGCAAGUGAAGCAGAACGAAGAUCUGAGGGCAGAUUUGGGAAGGUUGCAAGCUGAAAUUACUGAAACAGAAGUUGUGAUGAAGAGAGCAAGUGAGGAGAGGAACAAAUUGUUCGAGAGGAUUACUUUGUUGAAGGAAGAAAGUGAGGAGAAGGAAAAGAUAAUCCAGAGACUGGAAUCAGAGUUGGAAUCAGUUAAAUCGGAGCUAAGCAACAUGAAAGGAUCGGUUUCAGAGCACGAUUCAGAGAAAGAGAAAUUAAGGAAACAAGUCUCGCAGUUAAAGAGUGACCUGCAGAAGAAAGAGGAUGCAAUCACGAGGAGUGAGAAAAAGAACACUGGCCGUUCGACUGUUUCAAAUGGAAUGAAAAGUCCUCUGAGGAAUAACAGGUCUGCUGCUCCGGCUAGUCCUGGCCCUCCUGGGAAUAAGGAGGUUUCGAGUCUGAAGGAGAAAAUCAAAUUGCUUGAGGGAAAGAUAGCGUUGAAAGAUGCUGAAGUAAAAGCCUCAACAAGCUCGGCCUCGGAAAAGGAAAAAGAAAUGCAGAACAGGAUUGAAGAAUUUGAGAGAAGAUUAGAAGAGCAGAAUCAGAUUCUUUCGAGCAUAAAAGAACCUCAAUUCCGAGAGGAAUUUGAUAAUGUGAUCCAGAGAAACGGCGCAGGAGAAAUCAGGAAUGAUCUUGAAGCCCUUUUUACUGAAUCAGAGAUGCUGAAAGGGAGGAACAAGUCGAUGGAGACAGAACUCAAGGAUCUCCAAGAAAGGUACUCCGAGAUGAGCGUGAAGUUUGCAGAGGUCGAGGGUGAGAGACAGCAGCUCGUGAUGGCUCUACGCAAUAUCAAGAACCCAAAGAGUUGAUUAUCAUCAUAAUUUAGCUGUAAAAAUUGUACUGUAACAUACAUUAACCACGUGUGUAAAUACAUUAAAUCCCCAAUUUCGACUCAGAUUGCGUUUUUUCCGUUCUUUUAUUAGACAUUGUUGUGGUUCUUCGUGUAAUCAUAAGGGCUUGCUGUACAUGUGCGAGGCACAUUUUUCCCCAUGGCAUGAUUGGUACUGUUCUUUUUGGUUCUUCAA